GAACUCAUAGCAUAGAGAGGGAAAGUGGCAAAGACCUCCACAUAUUCUUUCUUAAUUAAGGAGUAAUAUAUUUUUUCUACUCCCAACACAUGGACCUUUGUACAAUUAUUUCUAGUGUACGGACUAAGGACAAUACGGAAGGUUGGACAACUCAAUCAUAUUAUGGUACCGCGUUUCCAUUGCCGUCAAAAGAAAAUUUAUAAAGAGAUCCAAACUUUGUAAUAUACAGCAGGUACGUAGUAUAAUAUUUUACUCCGUAUGUUGUAGUUUUUGUGACAUUAUUGCAUUUGAAGAGCUCAAGUUCUUUCUAUUGUAAUUAUCAAUAUUAUAAUAGUACUUUAUAAGUAAUUUUUAUAUAUGUAAUUUUUUUUUUCAAAAUCAUCAAAAAAAUAAUGUCUAACUACAAACUGAAAAAUAAUUAAUUUGACCCUCGUACUCUUAAUCUUUCUGCUUAAAGUGAGAAGAAGCCAGUAAUUAAUAGAUAAACAGAUUUUUUUUAUCGAUAGGAAAAGAUUCAUUAGAUGUUGCAUUAAUUCAUGAAUGAUACAAAAAAGUUGCAAGGCACAUGGAGUGGACCCUAUUGGCCAAUUCUCAGCAUCUUAGAAGUUUCAUCUACUAGCUUCUUAUUCCCGAAGUGUCAAUCUCCUUCUACUUUCUUGUGUAUAAAUUCCCUUCUCCCUAAGCUCCUUUUGAAAGCAAAACAAAUCCUACUACCAAAAACACACUUAACUUCUAUAUUUAAGCAAGCUCAAGGAUGAUGAAGAGUACUACUAAGAUGAUGAGGAAAGAAAGAAGCAAUUGCAUGGUCAUGCUUAAGUUUAUAAUGGGAAAGCUCAAAAAUCAUCUUCAACUAAUUCCCAAAUCCAGCAGAUCACUUGAAGGUCACGUUGUGGAAUUUGUCGAAACCCCAAGAGCAAAUGAAGAAGUGCCAAAUGAUGUAAAAGAAGGGUACUUUGCUGUAUUCUCAGUGAAUCCUGAAGAGGAGCCAAAGAGGUUUAUUGUGGAGCUGCAUUGGCUCACUAAUCCUUCAUUCUUGAAAUUACUAAAACAGGCUGAAGAGGAGUAUGGAUUCGAACAAAAGGGAGUUCUUGAAGUUCCUUGUCUCGCCGCGGAAUUACAGAAAAUUCUCAAACUCAAGAUUGGAAGGAAUAUCACUUCUUUUGCAGUUUAAUUAGUUUUGGAAAGAUAUAUAGUAGUUCCUCUAUGCCAUAGCUAGGUUAACUUUUCGAACUUCUUUGUUUUGUUUGUCUAGUUUUGACUCAAUUAUAUAUUACUACGUGUAGUUUAGAGGUUUAUGUUAUGGUUUGUCCAUCGACAAAGUGAAAAAAAGUUACACUAUCAUAUUAAGUUGACGUACAAUUACAAUGG